AUGCCUGGGGAAGGCGUUUCUCUCUCUUGUGUUACUGGUUUAUUGUUACUCAUCCUAAGCCAAGAAGCCAUGUGUAUUUUUCUCCCCAAGUUUUCAGACAUCUAUCUUUCCCAUCUGCACUACCCAUCCCUAUUUCCUUCUUUGCAUAUCACACAAAGUGCAGUCCAGCAUCAUAGGAAACAGGUGUACCCUGACCCUGUUUGUGAGUUUCCACAAAGGGUCUGGGGUGAGGGGAAGCACAUCCAGGGGCCCAUGACCAUGUCCUAUGCCUUCACCUCCCUCCUCUUCCUCUCGGGAAUGAAAGGAACCUUGACCUGCCUGAGAUGCAGACUCUGUGAUAACACACGAGAUCAGACCUGCUUUCCAGCUAUUUCAGUCACAUGCUCAGGCAGUGAGCAAAGAACAACAGAUUACUAA